GUCACCUGACCAGUCACUGUUUUAUGCUUCACGUAUCCGUGCGAUGUUGACAAGAAUAUAUUUCUCUAUAUUUUAACUUGAUUUGGGAGGGUACUACCUGGGUAGAGUUAAUGCUGGCGACUGAUUAAGGGCUGUUGCUCGCAUGCCCAAGUAAUGGUGGGAGGUCUCGGAUGAUCUCAUUCGGCUGCAACUUGUCCCACCACAAGAAGACUUUAACCACCAACAAUCAGUGACAGCCGGGGCUUGGUGCACGACUCAACCAAACACCUGCCUAAGGAUGUCGAAGCAAUACCUUUCCUACGGCUCAGCAGAUAAUACUCACCCCACUGAUAUUUUUUCGCUGGCCGUGACCGACAAUCAUAUCUUGUCGGCAUCAGGGUCCAAUGUUCUUCAAAUCCACUCGACGAGUGAUGCAGACUUCCCUUUAGCACAGAAACUUAAUGCCCACAAGGUCGGGUGCCAUCAUGUUGUGACUGAUGCAAAAGGAUCAAAAGCAGUUAGUGUUGGAUUUGGCGGCGAGGUGAUAAUCUGGGCUUGUCGUGAUGGAGCAUGGUCAAAAAAGAAAGAUAUUACCCUUGCGGAUCUUUGGGCUGUGGCUUUGUCUUCCGAUGGUCAAUAUCUAGCUGGUACCACCCAGGGGGGCCAUAUCAAAGUUUGGGAUUUGAAUGCAAACGAAGAGGAGAUACGAGAUCAUGAAACGAAGGGCAGUUUUGGAACUUGCAUAGACUUGUCACCGGACGGCCGAUUAAUCGCGAGUGGCCACGAAAAUGGCAGCGUCUAUAUUUUCAGUACGGAAACGGGACGUAUGCCAUUCAGUCUAUCAGGUUUAGUAAAGCCGAUACGGGCUGUGGCAUUUUCCCCCGGUGGGAAGUUUCUGGCUGCGGCAGGUGACUCUAAGGUUAUUGUGCUAUAUGAUACGUCUUCUGGCGAGCAGGUGGCAAGCCUCACAGGUCAUGCUGCGUGGAUUUUGUCUCUCUCUUGGAGCAGUACGGGAGAGUAUCUCCUAAGCGGCUCCUUUGAUGGCAAAGUCAAAGUCUGGUCGAUCGAUACGAGGAAUUGUGUUGCGACCCAUUCCGAGACCGAAAGAGCUAUAUGGAGUGUAACGUGGUUGCCGAAAGCCGGUAAAUCCGAGGGAUUCGCCAUAGCCGGUGCCAAUAGAAGCAUAUCUUUCUAUAGGGAAGCAACGGGCGGCUGAAGUGCUGAAAGGACAAAGGGCUAGAACCCGCUGCUCGCUAUGGCAAUCGCUCAACUACCUAGUAGUUAAGCAAGUUUACUAUUCAAAAAAAAAAAAGGGGCCGGGGNGG